ACGUCAGAGGUAGCGGCUAUGAGCUGCGCUGCGGCGGUGCCCGCACAGGCAGAAAAUGGCUUUUGCAGCGGGAACUGGGGCUGGGGACGGCCCGCGGCCUCAGGGCUUGGCGGCGGGGGCGGCCUCCGGCCCUGCAGUACGUCAGCCGCUGUAAAGGAUCCUACAGCUGUAGAAAGAGCAAAUUUAUUGAACAUGGCUAAAUUGAGUAUCAAAGGACUCAUUGAAUCAGCUUUGAGCUUUGGCCGAACUCUGGAUUCUGACUACCCACCUUUGCAGCAGUUCUUUGUUGUCAUGGAACACUGCCUGAAGCAUGGUCUUAAAGUAAGAAAAUCCUUUCUAAGUUACAAUAAAACCAUCUGGGGUCCUCUGGAACUUGUGGAGAAAUUAUAUCCAGAAGCUGAGGAAAUAGCAGCAAGUGUCAGAGACUUGCCUGGCCUUAAAACACCACUGGGCCGUGCCCGGGCCUGGUUACGGUUAGCACUAAUGCAGAAGAAAAUGGCUGACUAUCUUCGCUGUUUGAUCAUUCAGAGAGAUCUUCUCAGUGAAUUUUAUGAGUAUCAUGCACUAAUGAUGGAGGAAGAAGGAGCAGUUAUUGUUGGGCUGUUAGUUGGGUUGAAUGUAAUAGAUGCUAACCUGUGUGUGAAGGGAGAAGACCUAGAUUCACAGGUUGGGGUGAUUGAUUUCUCUGUGUAUUUAAAGAGUGAUGAUGACAUUGGAGGUAAGGAAAGGAAUGUACAGAUUGCUUCAAUUUUGGACCAAAAGAAUUACGUUGAAGAACUAAACAGACAAUUGAAUAGCACAGUUAGCAGUCUACAUGCGAGAGUUGAUUCACUAGAGAAAUCAAACACUAAACUGAUUGAAGAGUUAGCAAUAGCCAAAAACAAUAUAAUUAAACUCCAGGAAGAAAAUCAUCAUUUAAGGAGUGAAAAUACUCUUAUUUUAAUGAAAACACAGCAUCAUCUAGAGGCAACUAAAGUGGAUGUUGAAGCAGAACUUCAGACAUACAAACACUCCAGGCAGGGUUUAGAUGAAAUGUACAAUGAAGCACGUAGACAGCUUCGAGAAGAAUCACAACUUCGACAAGAUAUGGAGAAUGAGCUAGUGGUUCAAGUUAGUAUGAAGCAUGAGAUAGAACUUGCCAUGAAGUUGCUGGAGAAGGACAUCCAUGAGAAGCAGGAUACCCUCAUAGGCCUUCGACAGCAGCUUGAUGAAGUUAAAGCAAUUAACAUGGAAAUGUAUCAAAAGCUGCAGGUUUCUGAAGAUGCUAUGAAGGAAAAGAAUGAAAUAAUUGGUCGAUUAGAGGAGAAGACUAAUCAAAUUAAUGCAACUAUGAAACAACUAGAACAAAGUGACAAAGAUCUGUUAACUCAAACUAGGACUAUUGCAAUGUCAUUCGUCAAAUGUGCCAGCAAUGAAGCUCAGCACCAGUAUAAACUUGUCAAAGACAUAUCAUUCUGAAAGCUCCUCCAGAUCUGUUGCGUUUAAAUAAUCACUGAUAAUAAUAUAACUUAAGAAUUUUAAAAUUACAACUUUAAAUAUAAAGUGCUAUUAGAAAUCCUGCACUGUAGCUGAUCGUAACUGGGUUCUAUUUUGUUUUCUGAAAGAACAUCAUCUCCAAUCUCACUUUAGCCCUCUUAGCAAAAAAAAAAAAAAAAGUAACCUACUGCACUGUUAUUGAGCAAAUGUAAGCUAGUUUUCUAAUGCUAUUUAAUCACUUCUUAAUUGUCAAACCAAGUUUAUUUUAAAAGGUUAGCUAUCUUUGUACGCUUUUAUGACAUUUGUUUCCGAUUAGUGGGUUUUCCUAUUCUUUAUGGUACUAACAGAUUUUAAAGUUAGCCCUUCUGAAUAAUAUAUAUCCCUUCCCCCCCUGCUUAUUUCUUUCACUGUAAGGCUGUAUUUAUCCCAAAAGCAUGCUCCUUGUUGUGUUUUGUUUUUUUUGUUUUUCCUUUGCUUGUACCUAGCACUGUUUUCUUAAAGAGUGACAGGAGUUUGGGGGAAGGGGGUUGAGUGCUAUAUCAGAAUGCUAUAUUUAGAAAAAGAGGGUGGUGUCAACAUAUAUAUUCAUUAUAUACAGUGGAGGAAUUACAGGAUUUGGGGAUAAAACAGCCAAAGAUGUGGGGUAAAAUAUUUUCAUGGAGUUAAAAUGUGUUUGGAGCCUGGACUUGGCUCUAGGCAGGAAGGGCAGCGUGAUCUAGUAAAUUCUGUAGUUCUGAUUCCUGCCUAGAACAGCUGGAGCAUGAUAGCUACAGUAGAAGUUUUAGUAAUAAAUAGCAUUUUCAUUUAGGGCCCAGAUCCUCAACUUGUCUAACUUGCUUGUCAUCUAAGGAUCUUGCCCAUCUGUGGCUAUAUUUACACUGUAAUCAUAACCUGUGGUUUUGCCCAACCGCUUUUCCUUCUCUCCGUCCAUCAUUAGGCAGUCUUCACAGCUUAUUUCUGCUUUGAGAUUCUACUUGCCUGCACUGCAGAAAUACAGUUAUAGCUGCUGGCUGCCUUUGAUGCACUUCCCAGUGUUUGCUCUGAAGUGUGGAAGGGAAGUUGACUGGGAAAAGUCUUAGGGUCUUUCAGAAAGAAGGGGAUGUGUUUGCAAAAGCUGUGGCAGGGCACAGCAGUUCAGAAAGGGUUUCUACUCCAUGAUUACAUACUGCCUCAUUCCUUGGUUGGGUAGCAGAAGGAGCCUUUAACAUGGGCUGGCUACUAAAACAUAAGUAUCUCCAAUCCUCAAGAAAACACAAACCAGAAACGCUGAAUAGAACAACAGGUAGACCA